GGGCGAGAAUAAAACAGGAUGAAUAAAGAAGAGAUGAACAUUUUUGGAUGAUCACUCAGGUUCUGCACACCUUUGGAAGGACAUGAUAUAAAGUGUAGGUGGCAAAUUUGUGGUAGAACAGAAGAAGUUGAGGAGAAAAAAGAUUUUCAUUUCAGUUACCAAAGCACUCCAGUUGGGCCUUCAGUUUUAAGGGGAAGACUUCAAAUCCAGUGAAGAGUUUUGACCUAUGGUGGCAAUGAUAUGGAUUCUGUAACAAAAAAAACAAGACAAGAUGGAUCAGAAGUUACUGAAAGACUUAUUACAGAGACUGUAACCACAAGACUGACAUCCUUGCCACCCAAAGGAGGGAGCAGCAGUGGGCUCAAAACAUCAUCCCACACUGGAGGGAGUGGAGUAGAAAAGCGGUCAUACACCCAUGGAAGCAGCUAUGUGACCUCAAGUGGAAGUGGUAGAUUGAAUUCAACAUCAUCAUCCUCCAGCUACAGACAAGCCCAGUCUCCCAGCUCUACUCUCACCAAAUCACCUGGCUCAACAUUUGAAAGAAAAACCUAUGUCAACCGCCAUGCAACAUAUGAAGGGAGCUCCAGUGCCAACUCUUCUCCUGAGUUCCCCAGAAAAGAUUUUGCAUCUGCCUCUACGAGAGGGAGAAGCCAAAGUCGAGAGAGUGAAAUACGAGUCCGACUGCAGAGCGCAUCUCCCUCUGGCAGAUGGACAGAGCUGGAUGAUGUGAAACGUUUGCUGAAAGGAAGUCGAUCUGCCAGCUGCAGCCCUACUCGGUCACCAUCCAGUACACUCCCGAUACCGAAAAAGGCUGUGGUGGAGACGAAGAUGGUCACUGAGAGCUCUCAGUCAGUGUCAGGGACAUAUGACACAACCAUAUUGAAUACUGCCCUCCCGUCAUACAUGUGGUCCUCCACUCUGCCUGCUGGGUCUUCCCUUGGUGGAUACCAUAACAGCUCUUCCUUGAUCAAUGCCAUGUCUCACUCUACAGGAUCAGUUUUUGGUGUUCCAAAUAACCUGGCUCCCAGCAAUCAUACUCUGAAUGCAGGCCUGAGCUCUUCCUCUACAGUAUUUGGAGUUCAAAACAACCUGUCUCCAAGCACCACUUCUGCAACCCAGAAUGCUACAGCAGCUUCUGCAGCAUAUGGGAUGAAGAACACUUCUCAGAGCAACACCAUGGCAAGUACUGGUGUGUCUGCCUCAGCAGGAGGAACUGUUUCGAGCUCCCAGGGAGAUGACAUUCUGCGCAAAGACUGCAAGUUCCUGCUGCUGGAGAAGGAGAAGGCACCAGCAAAGGAGAUGGAGCUCUUGGUCAUGACAAAGGACACUGGCAAAGUCUUUAGUGCUUCUAACACUGGGCUUAAUGGAGGAUCUUUUGUAGAAGACACCUUAAAGAAAGAGAAACAGGGGUUUUCCUCCUCUUAUGCUACAGAUACUGGCCUAAAAUCAGAUGCAAAUGGAGGGCUGACAUCCAUGCCAAAAAGGGACAAAGAAACUUAUGCAGAAAUACGAGGUGGUGAUGCAGGAGGUGCAAUUGGAUCAGCACCAUCCUGGUGUCCCUGUGGUUCCUGCUGUAGCUGGUGGAAAUGGCUCCUGGGUUUGCUUCUAGCCUGGUUGUUUCUCCUUGGAUUGCUUUUCGGACUCAUUGCUCUGGCUGAAGAAGUGAGAAAACUGAAAUCUCGUGUGGAAGACCUGGAAAAAAUCAAUGGUGGCCUCCUGGCAAUUAAUCAAGAGAAUUCAAAACUAGAAAAAGAUGUUUCAAGAGUAGACUUUCUUCACGGUAACUCACCCUCCUCGACCUUCCCAUAUGAAAAUGAAGAGUCAGUCUGGUUGAUGGUGAAGAGCAGACUGAAUAAGGAAAUAGAACGAGGCUACUUCCGAGGGGAGAGAGGAGAACGUGGUGAGAAAGGUGACAUGGGAAUACAAGGUCCCAAAGGUGACCGAGGACUUCCUGGUGUCCCAGGCAUUCCUGGUCCAAUUGGGCAUGCAGGACCAGAAGGACCAAAAGGACAGAAGGGAAGCAUGGGAGAGCCUGGCAUGGAAGGUCCUAUGGGACAAAGGGGUAGAGAAGGAUUACCAGGACCUCGAGGGGAGCCAGGACCACCUGGAUUUGGAGAAAAAGGAGACAGAGGUGCUGUUGGUGAGCCAGGUCCUCCAGGGCCACCUGGACCCCCAGGUUCUGCUGGCCUAAAAGGUCUGAUGGGUUCUCCAGGCCCACAAGGUCCUCCAGGUCCUCCUGGCCUACAAGGAUUUAGAGGUGAAGCAGGACUCCCAGGUGCUAAAGGUGAAAAGGGAGCAAGUGGACCCCCUGGACCCAAGGGUGAUCAGGGUGAGAAGGGUUCUCGUGGAAUGACAGGUGAACAAGGCUCAAGAGGAAUACCUGGACUUCCAGGAGAGCCAGGGGCUAAAGGACCUCCAGGACAAGCUGGUCGUGAUGGAAAGCCAGGUGAAAAAGGUGAACCAGGUCUUAUGGGAAUGCCAGGUGCCAGAGGUCCUCCAGGACCCACUGGAGAUGCUGGAGAGCCAGGUCUUACAGGACCUCAAGGACCACCAGGACUUCCAGGCAACCCAGGCCGACCAGGGGCUAAAGGAGAACCUGGAGCUCCAGGAAAAGUUAUAAGUGCAGAGGGUUCAUCAACUAUUACUGUGCCAGGCCCACCAGGUCCCCCAGGCCCACCUGGCCCCACUGGUCCCCCAGGUGUUCCAGGUCCUGUUGGACCAGCUGGUCUCCCUGGACAGCAAGGUCCACGAGGUGAGAAAGGAUCCCCAGGUGAAGCUGUGAUAGAAACCAUCAGAACAGAGGUCUCAUCAUUAGCAUCUCAAAUGCUGGCAGAUUCACAAGGGCGAGCAGGACCACCAGGUCCCCCUGGACCACCAGGUGAAUCUGUGCAGGGACCCCCUGGGCCUCGUGGUCCUCCAGGAUUGCCAGGACCUCCAGGGCCACCAGGAAGACCAGGAUCAUCCAUGUCCACCUCAGAAGCAUUCUUCACAGGCCCACCAGGUCCCCCAGGACCACCAGGCCCGAAGGGAGACCAAGGCGAACGAGGUCCACGGGGAUUCACAGGAGAACCAGGUGAUCCUGGCCUUUCAGCAUUCUCCUCCCACGGUGAAAGAGUCACCAUACAGGGACCCCCAGGCCCACCUGGCCCACCUGGACCAAAAGGUGAUGCAGGUGUCCCAGGUGCACCUGGCAUCCCAGGAGCUUCUCGAGGUGGAUCCAGACAAAUUCAGGGACCCCCAGGACCUCCUGGGCCACCUGGUCCUCCUGGCCCAAGUGGAGGUUCAUCUCAAGAGAUUCAGCAGUAUAUCACUGACUACCUGAAGAGUGACAACAUCAGACAUUAUUUGACUGGUGCCCAAGGCCCACCAGGCCCUCCAGGCCCACCUGGACUCAUCACCACUGCAGAUGGGGUGACCUUGGAUUAUGCAGAGCUGGCUACCCGUGUCAUGAGCUAUAUGACAAGCUCUUCAAGUCGCUAUGAGUCAUUUUCUGGCUCAGUAUCCACUUCAUCCAUUUUGUACCAAGAACUUCUGAACCUGCUGCAAAGAGAGGAAAUUCGUCAGUAUCUCAUUGGACCUCGGGGCCCACCAGGACCUUCUGGGCCAGGGGGAGAUGGAAUGUCUCUGUCACUGGAUUAUGAUGAGCUGACCAGGAGGUUUAUCAGCUAUUUGUCAAGUUCUGGGAUGAGCAUUGGACUGCCUGGACCACCUGGGCCUCCAGGGUCACCUGGUAUAUCCUACAGUGACCUGACAGCAUACCUGCGAAACUCUGAAUUCAGUGGUGUUGUUGGGCCCCCUGGUCCUGCAGGCCCCCCAGGACCUCCAGGGAUCCCUGGAUCACCAGGCACCUCUCUGGAGGACAUCUCUGCCUACCUUCAAAAUGUUGGAUACUCUUCCCUUUCUGGAGUCCGGGGCCCACCUGGCCCUCCUGGCCCUCCAGGACCACCAGGUUUCUCUGGAACUGGCCUUCUGUCCUAUGCUGACAUUACCAACAGCGACGAGUUCAGGAGUGAGCUGAUCCAGUACCUGAAGAGUGAUGAAGUUCGAAGCUACAUCUCAGGACCCCCUGGGCCCCCGGGACCACCAGGACCCAAAGGAGACAGUGGCUUUGUGUCUGGGUCUAUGUCUUCAUCCUACCAAGGGUUACGAGCUUCUGAGCACUUGCAUGGAGGAUCCCUUGGUGCUGAAGGCUCCCACGGGGGCUCAAUGGGCACAGGCAGCUCGUAUGGCAGCUCCAUGAGCAGCAUGUCCUCUUACCACGCCUCAGUGGGCAGCGAUGGAGCUUACGAUGCCUCCAUGGGCACUGAUGGGUCUUUUGAUGGGCUGCUGACAGAGGAGGAAUCACACAGGAGAUCAGCAGGGUCGAGCAGAUCCUACAGCAACUCCUUCACUGGUUCCCUGGAUUACAAUGAGCUGGCACUCCGUGUGUCAGAGAGCCUGCAGAGCCGAGGUAUUCUCCAGGACCUGAUGUCUUACACUGCACAGGGACCUGCAGGUCCCCCAGGCCCUCCUGGUCCCCCUGGCAUCAGCAAGAUCUUUGCAACCUAUGGCAAUGUCACCGCAGACCUCAUGGACUUCUUUAGAACACAUGGUGCCAUCCAGGGGCCACCCGGUGAAAAGGGGGAGAGGGGUUAUCGUGGACCUAAAGGUGACCCUGGGCCCAUGGGCCCACCAGGACGACAGGGGCACGGGGACCUAAAGGAGAGAAGGGAGAGAAAGGCGAACAGCUGUAUGUUGGCAGAAGAAAAAGAAGAAGUGUUGGUGUUUAAGGAAAGUGGUAGCUCAGUUCUGCACAGGGCAGCAUCCCCAGCAGCCUAUAGAGAAUUAGCCUGAUGCCUUAAUGCUGAAACAUCCUCACUGCUCAGCUGACCCCUUAGAGUUGAUAGUUCAGAUCUUAAUGUCUCUUGUGUGUCCAGCAUGGUCCUAGUGUGGGUGUUUGCUCCUGUUACUGAUGUUUGGCUUCAUGCUCCUGAGUUCCCAGGCUGAUGUCCUUGGGCUGACAAGAGCUUCCUAUCUCACCUAGUCCAGGCUUCUUGUACUACUCCCAGGAAUGUAAAAACCUGCGUUUUUAAACAACUAGCCAACUACACAAAGAAAAGAAAAAAGAAAACAAUCCCA